AUGCAAGCUCUUGGCGAAUUGAUCCAAGGGUCGCACCAGCACGGCGUUUCCAAACCACCAAAUGCCGUUGCUGAAGCAGAUCCAGAAGCAAGUAAGGAGGUUGACGCCUCGACGCCUGAUACCAUCGCCGAGGUCGAAGAUCUCAAGGCACACCACCCUCCCCCUCCACAACCCAAUGAAUCGGUUGAGAAUCGCGUCUCCGUUGGCCGCGCAGAAGCCGAGUUCGCAGAAUUGAGUCGUCAGCUCUCCGGCAUAUCGGAAAAAAGCAAGACAAUAUCAAGGAGACCAAGCCACGGAAGUAUUUUGAGCCGAGGCAGUGGAUUGAAAGAGAAGGACAUCGAGAAGGAGCCAACGAGCUCAACGGAGUCUGAGGUAGAUUCAUGGGAUCUGGAGCAGACAUUGAGAGGCACCAAAGAUGAGGACGUUGCUGCCGGGAUCAAGUCAAAGCACAUUGGCCUCGUAUGGGAGGGUCUUACGGUCCGAGGUGUUGGGGGUGUCAAGAACAUCGUCAAGACUUUCCCUGAGGCCUUUGUAUCUUUCUUCAACGUUGUUGGGACGGCGAUGCAUAUCUUUGGAUAUGGCAAGAAAGGAAGAGAUCUCGACAUUUUGAGAAACUUUCGAGGGGUGGUCCUACCCGGCGAGAUGGUUUUGGUGUUGGGGAGGCCAGGCUCAGGAUGCACGACGUUCUUGAAAGUCAUAGCCAAUCAACGUUUUGGAUACACGGGCAUUGACGGAGAAGUGUUAUACGGGCCAUACGAUUCCAAGACCUUCGCUAAAUACUACCGAGGAGAAGCUGUCUACAAUGGGGAGGAUGAUAUACACAAUCCUACACUCACAGUUGGCCAGACGCUGGGUUUUGCUCUAGACGUCAAGACCCCUGGCAAACGGCCUGGUGGAAUGUCCAAAGGGGAGUUCAAGACAAAGGUGGUGAACCUGCUCCUCAAGAUGUUCAACAUUGAACACACCAUCAACACCAUCGUUGGCAACCCUUACAUGCGAGGUGUGUCCGGAGGUGAAAGAAAACGAGUUUCCAUUGCGGAGAUGAUGGUAACGUCAGCGUGCAUAUGCGCUUGGGACAAUACGACGCGAGGAUUGGAUGCUUCAACGGCGUUGGACUAUGCCAAGUCUUUGAGAAUUAUGACCAACAUCUACAAAACAACCACCUUUGUCUCGCUGUACCAAGCUAGUGAGAACAUCUACAACCAAUUUGACAAAGUGAUGGUCAUAGACGAGGGCCGCCAAGUGUUCUUCGGUCCUGCGACGGAAGCCCGGGCAUACUUUGAGGGGCUCGGCUUCAAAGAAAAGCCCAGACAGACUACCCCGGACUAUCUUACCGGCUGCACUGAUUCAUUUGAACGUGAAUAUGCAUCUGGAAUGUCCGAAUCCAAUGCUCCGCACGACCCUGACUCCCUUGCGAAAGCCUUCGAUGAAUCCAUAUUCGCGAGCAAGCUGUCAGAAGAGAUGGUUGACUACCGUGAAAAGCUCGAGAACGAAAAGGAAGUCUACACCGAAUUUGAGACCGCGCAUCAACAAGGCAAGCAGAAGCAUACGAUGAAGUCCAGUGUCUAUGCUGCGCCUUUCUACCUGCAGAUCUGGGCUUUGAUGCUACGCCAGUUUCUCAUCAAAUGGCAAGAUAAGUUCUCGCUCGUUGUUUCCUGGAUCACUAUGAUAGUCGUCGCUAUCAUACUUGGCACUGUGUGGCUCAAUUUGCCUGACACCUCAGCGGGUGCCUUCACGCGAGGAGGGGUCUUGUUCGUCUCUCUCCUUUUCAAUGCCUUCCAAGCCUUCGGCGAGCUCGCUUCAACCAUGCUUGGCCGGCCGAUCGUCAACAAGCACCGUGCAUAUACCUUUCACAGGCCUUCCGCUUUGUGGAUCGCCCAGAUCAUUGUCGACCUAGCUUUCGCCGCGGUUCAGAUCUUCGUCUUCAGCGUCAUGGUAUACUUUAUGUGCCAUCUCGUUAGGGAGCCUGGUGCAUUCUUCAUAUUCUACCUAGUCGUUGUUAGUGGAUAUCUGGCAAUGACCCUCUUCUUCCGAACAUUGGGCUGUCUUUGUCCCGACUUUGAUUAUGCGAUGAAGUUCGCUGCUAUCGUCAUUACUCUAUUCGUGUUGACGUCUGGGUACUUGAUCCCAUAUCAAAACGAGAAGAAGUGGCUACGAUGGAUCUUCUGGAUCAAUGCACUGGGUCUUGGUUUCUCUGAUCUGAUGAUGAAUGAAUUCGGGCGCCUCACUCUGACUUGCACUUCAACUUCUCUCGUACCCUCUGGAUCUUCCUAUGGGAACAUAGCCAACCAAGUUUGCACCCUCCCCGGGGGUUCUGCUGGAUCGACUCGAAUUCAAGGAAGCGAUUACAUAAGACUUGCAUUUGACUAUGACGUUGGCGACCUAUGGAGGAAUUUUGGGAUCAUCAUCGUCCUCAUCGUCGGAUUCCUCUUUUUGAAUGCUACUCUAGGCGAAGCCCUCAACUUUGGUGCCGGUGGCAAAACCGUCACCUUUUUCGCCAAAGAAGAUAUAGAAAAGAAGAAGCUCAACGACGGGCUUAUGCAAAGAAGACAGAAGCGCCAACUAAAACAAGAGAUGCAAGGCUCAGAGCUGAACAUUACUUCCAAAGCUGUCCUUACGUGGGAAGGUCUGUGUUAUGACGUUCCAGUACCCUCAGGGCAACUGCGCUUGCUGAAGGAUGUCUUUGGAUACGUGCAACCUGGCCGGCUGACUGCCCUGAUGGGUGCUUCUGGUGCUGGUAAGACGACCUUGCUUGAUGUCCUGGCUUCUCGAAAGAACAUUGGAACCAUAUCAGGUGAUGUUCUGGUUGAUGGCAUAGCUCCUGGAACCGCGUUUCAAAGAGGAACGUCAUAUGCUGAACAGCUUGACGUUCAUGAGUCGACUCAGACAGUGAGAGAAGCUCUGAGGUUCAGUGCCGAUCUCCGGCAACCAUACGAGGUCUCUCAAGAAGAGAAGUACGCCUAUGUCGAGGAAGUCAUAUCCUUGCUCGAGAUGGAAGAAAUUGCAGAUGCUAUCAUUGGCGAACCCGAGAGCGGGCUGGCAGUUGAACAACGGAAACGUGUGACAAUCGGCGUGGAGCUGGCAGCUAAGCCUGAACUGCUCCUCUUCCUGGAUGAGCCUACAUCUGGACUCGACUCACAGUCGGCUUUCAACAUUGUCCGCUUUCUUAAGAAGCUCGCGGCCGCUGGGCAAUGCAUCCUUUGUACGAUCCAUCAACCCAACUCGGCGCUCUUCGAAAACUUCGAUCGUCUACUUUUGCUACAACGCGGAGGCGAGUGUGUGUACUUUGGGAACAUAGGGAAAGAUGCUAUAGUACUCCUAGAAUAUUUUCGCAAGAACGGUGCGAUUUGCCCUCCAAACGCUAACCCAGCCGAAUGGAUGCUUGAUGCCAUUGGGGCUGGACAAGCACCCAGGAUCGGUGCAAGGGAUUGGGGCGACAUUUGGCGAACCUCCUCCGAGCUAGCAGACACCAAAGAAACCAUCCGCCGUAUCAAGACUGAGCGUAUUUCCGAGGUUGGAUCCAACCGCAAGACCGACGAGAAUGAAUAUGCUACACCUCUCUGGCAUCAAAUCAAGAUCGUCAACAGACGCACUCAUCUCUCGUUCUGGCGAUCUCCUAAUUAUGGCUUUACACGGUUCUUCAAUCACGUCGCCAUUGCCAUACUGACUGGACUUACAUUCUUGCAAUUGGACGACUCUCGCUCAUCACUACAAGAGCGAAUAUUCGUAAUCUUCCAGACUGUCGUCCUCCCCGCCAUCAUUGUAGCACAGGUCGAGCCAAAAUACGACCUCUCACGCUUAGUCUUCUACCGAGAAUCCGCUGCAAAGGCAUACAAGCAGUUUCCCUUCGCGCUCUCUAUGGUCCUUGCGGAGAUGCCCUACAGCAUUCUUUGCGCAGUGGGCUUUUUCUUUCCCCUUUACUACAUGCCCGGAUUUCAGUCCGCAUCUAGUCGUGCAGGCUAUCAAUUCCUCAUCAUCCUUAUCACGGAGCUCUUCUCGGUGACCCUGGGCCAGAUGAUUUCCGCUUGCACGCCUAGCAGCUUCAUCGCCAUGCUCCUCAAUCCCUUCCUUAUCAUCACGUUCGCUCUCUUCUGCGGUGUCACAAUCCCCCAGCCACAAAUACCAAAGUUCUGGAGAGCCUGGUUGUACCAGCUGGACCCAUUUACGAGGCUGAUUGGAGGCAUGGCAAUGAUUUGCUCCCCCUCUCAGCUCAACACCUUUACUCCCCCAACUGGUCAAACAUGCGGCCAAUACAUGGAUGCUUUCUUCUCGAGCGGCGGAGCAGGCUAUCUUGUCAACAACGCAACGGAUGUCUGCCAAUACUGCGCCUACAAGGUCGGAGAUCAAUUCUAUGAGCCGUUGGGUUACAAUUUCGAUCAUAGGUGGAGGGAUUUGGGUAUCUUUGCCGCUUUCAUUGGUAGCAACUUGAUCUUGCUAUUCUUAGGGAGCAGCUUAACGCUACAUUUGAGCCUGUCUUGUGCCAAACCCGCCAAAUCCUUCAGCUUUCCGCUCAAACUCUGCGCAAAGCUCGAAGAUCACCAGCGUCCGCACCCACCACCAUCAACCACCCCCAUGCCCGCCCUCGCCAUCCUCACCCUGCAAAUCCUCUUUGCACUCUCCUGCCUCCUCUUCCUCCUCUACCUCAUCACCAUCUACAUUCUCCGACGUCCUGGACUGGGGCCGGGUCACUUAUCUUUCAACGCCCUUUUCGAUCAACGACGCUGGAACCUCAAGCCCACCCCACCGCCCACACCUCUACCUCUCAAUCUAUCAUCCCAACAAGGAGAUCUCAAACGCAACGCACAACCCGCCUAUCACAACCCCUUCGAUUCCAGCCCCACAACGACUUCUUCUUCUUCCCCAACGUCUUCAUCCGCAAUCGACUGCAUGAGCCAGAGCAGCGGGAUCCUCCACCCAGAUACCUCCGCAACGGCGCCAAUAACGUGGCGGGAUCCAUGGCGAUGGCGGUUCGGGACCGGAGACUCACGUCGAGAUAGGAGUGGCAGCGAGAGCGGGGUUGCUGAAGAAAGGCGAACGGGAUCGGAGAGUCCGGGAUUGAGUCCGCUUGGGUUGGGGAAGUAUUUCUUCGAGGGCGGGGUCGGGGUUCGGGAUAUGUGA